CAUGGGGCGCUAUCAUAGAAAACUCGGAGAUUACGAGGAGACGGUGAAGGCGGCACCAGCCUUGCAUUGUAUUCACAGUGUAACCCAUUUGUCUUUAGUGGUAACGUAAACCACCGCAGAUAAAACUUUAAUAGCAGUAUGCAUCAGUCUGUUCAAUUGUUGGACUUCUCCAGGCACUAACACUGAAAGCGGUGGAAUAGCAAAUUUCUAGCUGUGGUGCUACAUCACGAGGAGCACCAAAUGCUAACUUACCUAGCUACGCUAUUAGCAUCUUAGCAGCUGUUCCGUCCACUUGAAGGCAUCAUUGAGUUCUCCUACACAGACUAUAGACAGUUUAUGGUACCACAGAGAGCAGCAACAUGACCUCAGCUUCCACUAAAGUUGGGGAGAUCUUCUCUGCAGCUGGGGCUGCAUUCACCAAACUAGGAGAGCUCACCAUGCAGCUUCACCCAGUGGCAGACUCCAGUCCUGCAGGUUCCCAUCCUCCCUCCAGUGGUCAGACGAAGAGCACAGCGAAGAGGAAGCUGUACGAAGAGGGAGCUCUGCCCACUGCCUCUGAAGGGCCUAAGAAGGUCAUCAAGAAAACCAUCGCUACUGUUGCCAUGGCAGCGCAGGGCACUCCAACCGUCAUCUCUGUACCAACGGCUCAGGUUGUCGUGGCGUCAGGACUACAGGGUUCCUCCAGCCAGCCCAGCAUGAAGAAACAGAAGACUGCAGACGUGACCCUCAGUGCUCUCAACGACUCAGAUGUCAACAGUGAUCUUGUGGACAUCGAGGGACUGGGUGAAGGAUCCAACUCCAAAAAACUCAAUAACUUUGAUCAAGAUAACCUGAACCUGGACUCAAGCCUCAUCAUGAAUCCCAGUGACCUUCCUCUGCUCUCCCGUUGACCUUUCACUUCCAAUGGACAUCAAAUGAUGGAUGAAACUAUGAAAAAAGGAAUCAAGUUGUUGGCAGGCCAGCCAUUAGGAAUCAUGGAUACGGGGACAAAAUUUUCCAAACUGGACCCCUUAUUCACACUCACUCCAGCACCACCAACCCUACCCACCCUUCGCUCUAAUACCAACACAGGCAAUUUCAAAUAAGCUCUCGGCCAUUAGUUUUGUAGUGCAAGAGACAGAGUCUCUAACAACCGUUUCCAAAACCAGUGUUAUAGAUCCAUCAAGACCAUGCUCUGUUCUGUAUUGCCAAUAUGAUUACAAAGCACAAAAGAUCACGUCAGUUAUUUCAAAACACAGAUUUUCUUUCAGAUAAGACUGUGACAGUUAUAUUCUUCCUUUUACUUCAAAACAAAAGUAGAGAAAAAUAUGCCCUCAAAGAUUCAGAGAAGAUUAAAAUGAAUUAUUGAUGAAAUUACUGCAAGGGAUUAACCCGUAAGAUUGAAUCAACAGUGAAAAUAUAAAUUCACUUCUCAUCUGUUACCAUUGCCAAAUUCAGUGUUUAUAAUGUGUUCAUUUAUGCAAUUCCAAGAUAAUAUUUAUAAUAAAAAUUCAAAUAUACCAUUUCAAAAAGGCAUUGCUGCUUUUUCCCUCCCCAAAAUUUAGCCUAACUUUGGAGCAUUAUUUAGCUCCUUCCAGGUAUCAGUAUCUUUACUCUAUCUUUAAAACUAAGCCCGCCACAGCAGGUUUUAUUUUCUAGUCUGCCUUGAUCCUCACCUUUGCCACAUUUAGCCUGUCAUAGAAUAACAAUAAAUUUAUUUUGUAAAUACAUAUAACUUGUAGUGUCAGUGAUAUAAGUCAUUAAGUAAAUUGCUGUACUCUAAGGGUCCACCACAGACCUUUGCAUGUCCCCCCCCUGACAGCGGGCCUGCUUGUUGGCACUAUCAGGAAUAUGUUUGGAUAAAAAAAUUUAACAGCAGUAAUUUGCAAUUUUAGACAAUUUCCUCUUUUCCUCAUUGUCUUUUGCUAUGUAGAAACAUCCAGACAUUCCUAAAAGACUGUAUGCAGUAAGGAAACUGUUCUUACAUUCAUACUUCCUGUGUUUCUUUAAAGAGAAGCCAGGAAAACAAAGACAGAGAAACUUUGGCUAAAUCGACAAGAUAUUAUGCUCCCCCAUCAAGAUGCAGCCCUAUUGCUAAAAGGACAGGGCUUGGGUGAUACCAAGGUAUUAUGGAUACAGGGUAUUUAGAAAGCCUGAAGGUAUGAUUCUCAAUACCAUCAAAAAUAUUUAAUACGUAUUGUAGUGCGCAGCAGGCCCCACCACAGGUUAGUCUUUAGGGGAGGAACAAGCAGCUGAGCUGAAAAAGAUGGCAACUGCAAGUGGUUGGGAUGAUGUUACAGGUCUAGUAAAAACAAAAAAAUGCCUCUGCCCUUGUUUGGGAAUAUAUAACUUUUUUUUUUUUCACUUUUUAGCUAGGACAUGCCAGUUGGUCUGUAUCCUCAAAAAAAUAGCUUACAAUGUAAACAGGACACACAUAUUUUACAUCUGUAUUGUUUCCCCAUAUAAUUGAUGUAUUCAUUAGAAACAUACAGCCUGGUCUUACACAAGUGUUACAGGCGAUCAUAAUGUCGAAAAUUUGGCUUUUGAAUUUCCACUUAUUGACUUUUCAGCAUCAAGACAUAAUCUUUUAAGAGAGAGUCACGAUGCAUCUAAGAAUCCUUUUUUUUCCCCUCUCAACAUCUGGUAAAGAGUGACAUUUUAUUGUAUUUCAUGUUCAGUCUCACUCCAUUUUGCUAAUGAUUGUAUUAGCAGGUGUUAGGCCUCAGUUAAGGGCUGUGGCUGACCCUAGAUUUGCGAAAAUCUUGCAGGCUGCUUCAAAAAAUUCUUGUCUUGUGGUUUUAUGGUGUGACAAUACUGUGUUGAAGGUUUGGUUAGGUUUUAGGCACAAAAAAACACUUGGUUAGGGUUAGGGAAAGAUCGUGGUUUGAGUUCAAAUGAAACUUGGAACAUGAAAUCUGGUGAAUCUGAGGCUACCAUCAAGACACGACCUCAGUUUAGGUCAAACAUGAUGUAGUAAUUAGAGUUUUUAGAAGGACAAAGACAUGUUGGAAUCCUGUCUGAGUGAUUGGUUCCAGUAUAUUUUCAAUGUGAAUUGUCUAAAUUCCUUCCUUCCUCUCAACUUGGCCAGUAAAACUGUGUUAGAGGUUACAAGAACACAGAGGGUCAGAUCCUACACUCUGCUCCUUUCAUUCUAGUUAAGGUGGAACUAAAUAACCAACAAGAGUAGUUGCUUAUUAUUUUUAAGAGCUGGUAUCUUGUGAUAACAUAUCUCCUUACCUUGAUUAGUACAGUAUACAUUUUUUAGACCCAGAAACACAUUUGAGUAAAAAAUAAAUGUGGGUGACAGUCAGUUUGAGGUUUAUAUUUAAAUGACAACGAUUUAAAUAAUCAAAAAUGAUAAUUUUUUUUAAAAACACCCCUAACUCAAGAUCCACUUACUAGAUUUCUUCUCAGCUUUCAACCACAUCCUAGUCUUAAUCAGUAGAUAAGGUUUGCCCAGUUGUUCAACAAAUUUCUUCCAUUAAUGAGGACUGGGAGAUACAGUUGAACACUUUAGGAAACGCUUGAAAGUGGACCAGUUUUUAAAAUUAAAGGAAUAGGAAUAUCGACCAUUGAUUUUUAAAACAGUUUUCAAAAAUAGGCUUUUCACUUUAUAUCUGAGAGUUAGAUGAGAAGAUCAAUGUCAAUUUCAUGUCUGUGCUUUAAGUACAAGGCUGUUAGCCUAGCUUUGCAAGAAGGCUGGAAGCAGGGGGAAAUGGCUAGCCUGAUUCUGUCUAAAGCUAAAAAAAUAUAUACCUACAAAUGUCCCUGAAGCUCACUGAUUAACAUGUUUUUCAUUUGAUCAGAUGUUAUCAACAUUACUACUGCUGUUGGGUUCUGUACUUAAGAAAUAACCACGUAAAAUAGAGUGGUUAGCAAUUUAGUACUCCUGGUUCCCUUGUCUUAAAGUCAAUGGGUUUCUUGAAUGGGUAUUGGUUAGAUGCCUAAAAUAAGGUCUGUGGUUAAUGUUUGAGAUUUUCACAUUUUGUUCUAAAACAUUAAAUGGGUCUCUUAAAAUUAGUGUCCUAAAAAGGCGGUUGCUAACAAGUGAGUAAAUGAGACUACAGAAUGUCAUGACAUCAAACACAGCUUUACAACCUCAUUGUGGUGUAGUUUAUUUAUAGCCUAACAACACCAUUUUACUCGUGGCAACUGCAUGUAGGCUUCAAAAAUCAUAAAAGUGGUGUUCACAUGUGAAAACUAUCCUGCCGAACAAGAUGCUUAAGUAUCAUAAACUUUUGUUUGCCACAGAACUUGUUUUCAGCAAUAAUGUAAAAUCCAAUGGAAAAAUCCCAAAGGUUUUUUGACAAAGUAACCAUGGUGAUACUUCUGCUUUGGCUACAAAAAAGUCAUCCUUGCAACACUCUAUAAUAAUAACUGUAAUGUUCACAAAUACUUUGAAAUAUAGUCAUAGAUUUCAUAUCAUGAUUAAUCCAUCUAUCUGAACGUAAAGUUCUGCUGGUUUUUAUCCUACAAUAUUUUCAUAGCAACAGCAAUACUAAAACCCAUAUUUAAACCAGAUUUGCAUACAAAACUUAAUUUUAGAAGCUGAAAUGCCAUGACAAGUAAUUUGUUUGUUUCUUCUGUCAAUGUAUAUACAAUUUACUGUAAAGUGUUGGCUCUGUUUUUGCCCAUUGUAGCAUUUAACAUCAUGUAUACUUGACAUUACUGCAGAGCUCAUUCCAAAGCAUGUGGUUUUAUAUUUUCUGUGAUUUUUCACUUUUGAGGCAGCCAUUAGAUUCUGUUCAUUUCAGAACAAUCUGAAAGAAGAAAAUAACGUACAUUCCUUCAUUUAGUUUACUGAAGAGCCCUGUGACAAAUGAGUACAUUGCAUCCCCUGAUGAAGACCUUAAGAUUCAGUUGAAAGCCCUAGUAAAGCUAGUAAUAUCUGCUGAGAUUUAAGUAAAGUGGGAUAUUAUUUAGACACCUCACUAUGUCUAAAUGAGAAUUUAUAGACUAUUCAUAUUUGUCACGCAGCAUUGUUGUUUAAUGACGAAUCAAUCACUCUGGUAAAUCAUCCAUCUUGAACUUAAAUGAAGUGAAACCAGUGGCUAUGUGGAAAAUCACAUGGAAUAAUCAAAUAAUAUGGUAUGUCUUUAAAUAAGUCAGCAGUAAUGUAUAGUAUAGGUUAGUUUUUUAAAACAUGCACAAAAAAAAGUGUGCAAAGAUCCACGUUGAAGUGGACCACUGUAGUUAAAUAAAUGCCCUUUAGGAGGGUGUGACUGUGUCAAAAAUGUACAUGUGAUUUAAUAAAAACAAUUUGUAAAUUGUA